UGCAACGAAGCAGAUGUGAAUUUCUGUAGGGUCUGGACAUUUUUGCACMAAAGGUGAUAACGCUUUCCUUCCUCUGGGAAUCUCUUCUGCACGUAUUUUCCAUGAAGAGAAUGAAAUGGAGAAGUUAAGGAAAUAUAUAUCAGUGAAAGAUGAAGAUCAAUUUUAUCACCAGGGAGCUGUGGAGUUGCUGGUCUUUAACUUUCUGCUCAUUCUUACAAUAUUAACGAUUUGGUUAUUUAAAAACCAUCGAUUCCGCUUUCUGCAUGAAACCGGAGGAGCCAUGGUUUAYGGGCUUGUAAUGGGAUUAAUUAUACGAUAUGCAACAAAACCAUCAGAUGUUGAAAGUGGAACUGUUUAUGAAUGUGAAAAGCUGAAAUCUGGGCCAUCCACGCUGCUCAUUAAUAUAACUAACCAAGUCUAUGAAUAUCAGUACAAAAGGGAGAUCAGUCGUCACAAUGUCAACAGUCACCAAGGAAAUGCAAUUCUUCAAAAGAUGACAUUUGAUCCUUCCAUCUUCUUCAACAUUCUGUUGCCACCCAUUAUAUUUCAUGCUGGAUAUAGUUUAAAAAAGAGACAUUUUUUUCGUAACUUAGGAUCAAUUUUAACCUAUGCCUUUUUGGGAACUGCCAUCUCCUGCAUUGUCAUAGGGCUGAUAAUGUAUGGCUUUGUGAAGGCCAUGGUACACAUUGGCCAUCUAGAAGGAUGGGAAUUCCACUUUACUGACUGUUUAUUUUUUGGAUCACUGAUGUCUGCCACAGACCCAGUGACAGUCCUUGCUAUUUUCCAUGAGCUGCAUGUCGACACAGACUUGUACACGCUCCUUUUUGGAGAGAGUGUCCUAAAUGAUGCCGUGGCUAUCGUGCUGACAUACUCUAUAUCCAUUUACAGUCCCAAGGAGAAUCCUAACGCAUUUGAUGCUGCUGCUUUCUUCCAGUCAGUGGGAAAUUUUCUGGGGAUCUUCGCUGGAUCGUUUGCCAUGGGAUCCUCUUACGCUGUUGUCACAGCUUUAUUAACAAAAUUCACAAAGCUGUGUGAAUUCCCCAUGCUGGAAACCGGUCUGUUUUUCCUCCUGUCUUGGAGUGCCUUCUUAUCAGCAGAAGCUGCUGGUCUUACAGGGAUUGUGGCAGUCCUUUUCUGCGGUGUCACACAGGCCCAUUACACCUACAACAACCUGUCGCCAGAUUCCAAAAUGAGAACCAAGCAGUUGUUCGAGUUCAUGAAUUUUCUGGCUGAGAAUGUCAUCUUCUGCUACAUGGGACUCGCACUAUUCACMUUCCAAAAUCAUAUCUUCAAUGCAUUGUUUAUAUUUGGUGCAUUUGUGGCAGUUUUCAUAGCAAGAGYAUGCAAUAUAUAUCCACUCUCUUUCCUUUUGAACUUAGGUCGAAAACAAAAGAUUCCCAGGAACUUUCAGCACAUGAUGAUGUUUUCAGGUUUGCGGGGUGCAAUAGCCUUUGCGCUGGCUAUUCGAGACACUGAAUCCCAACCAAAACAGAUGAUGUUUACAACAACGCUACUCGUCGUGUUCUUCACGGUCUGGGUGUUCGGAGGGGGCACCACACCAAUGCUCACGUGGCUUCAGAUCAGAGUUGGUGUGGAUCCGGAUGAAGAUCUGAAAGCAGAAGCUGCACACCAGAGAGCAUCCAACCUGGAUAAAAAUACAACCAAAGCAGAGAGCGCGUGGCUGUUCAGAAUUUGGUAUGGCUUUGACCACAAGUAUCCUUUUCUGUUACAAGACACCUUCAAAAUGUUUAAGAACCCAAACGUGAUUGUACUUUAAACUGCAAACCUAAGC